UUCCAAUUGCUGCAUUAAUUUCGAAAUACGACAUUGCGGCAAUGAGCAGAAAGUGCAAAUCGAACUGAGAGAAUGCUAAGAAAAAGGCAAAGUCAGGCUGGAUUCGAAGUUUCGCAGUUUGCUUAAAUAGUUCGACACGUACGUUAUGGUGGAGCAAAUGCGAAUGAGCGUGUUAAUCUGUGUUGUAAUGCGAUUAGGUAGGCUGUGUUGAUGUUACGAUCGUUAAAUGAGAACCAGUGACAGCAAGGAAAACAUAGAGCCGUCAAGAUGAUGGAGACGAAUAACAGCCACGAACUACAUAAUGUUAUGAACGGCAACGAAAAGAAAAUGUAUGAUGCCACAGGGAAUAAAACGGUUGAUGUGUCAACUUCUAAGGAACAAGAUGGAAUCAAAAUAAAGUUGGAUCAGAGCGAUGAAAAAUGUUUAAUUAAAAGUGAUGACACUUCAACACAAUGCACGAUUAACAAAUGGAGGCGGUCAGCUGUUGUUGUGUCGUGGAUAUCUAUUUUUGUAACUUUGGCAAUUGCAAUUAUUGAAUUUGUUGUUGCAAAGAAUGAAAACAGUGCUGCUGCAUUUGGACUUGCUUUUAGUUCCUUGCUUGACAUGCUGAGUUCCAUUGUUGUAUUGUGGCGAUACUACCAUGCAUACGAAACAUUCUCAUAUAGGAGAGAGCAUAUAUCAUGUACAGUUCUUGGGUCUGUGUUCAUUAUUUCAUCGAUUGGUAUUUCUGUGCGAGCAAUUCUUGGUCUAUUAGAUGGAGUUUCACCUGAUAUGAGUGAAAAAGGUUUGACUAUGUUAGUUGCCACAUCUAUAUUCGCCACAUGUGCUUGCUUUAUUUUAUUUGUCGUCAAAGUUUUGAUCGCGAAAAAACUCGAUUCCUGGACAGUGUUCACGGAUGCACUUAACUCACUAGCUGGAGCUGUUGUUGCAUUGUCUAUGGUAAUAACAUCGGAGUUAACAGAUGUUGACCGAUAUCUUUGGUUCCUUGACUCCACUGUGGGACUUAUAGUGUCUUUAUUUCUGCUUAUCUAUGGCUUAUGGUUGUUAUCCAAACAUGCUCCAGAAAUUUACAAAUCCAGCGCUUACUGUGAAAGCAAAUAAUAUUGAUAUUGAGGCAUCACUGUUGUUAUACCAUUAAGAACCGCUAGUUAAAACAUAUUGGGUAUUUCCUCAUAUUUAUCUUCAAAAAAAUUUUUUUGUUGUGUUUUUUCUGUACAUUAUAAAUGACAGGUGCUUAGAAUGUACAUUGCACCGCUGUUGUUAACAUUACAAACUUACAUUAUCAUAUUUGACAAACAUUUACAACUUGCCUUUUUGUCAAUGACGGUCCUGUGUUCCAUGUUUCGUUUUAUGGGCGUUGAUGCAAUUUUCAAGUUUCUUUCUGUAUAUAUGAAGUUGUACACAUUAUAUUUAUUUACUUAGUUUCACAAAUACCACAUAUUGCACAGUAAAGUAUAUGUAUCAAUGGUAAAGACAAACAAACUUUUUUAUGCACUUUUCCAUUUCACAAUAUCUUACAAAGAAAUAUUUCUUCUUUCUGUUUAUUUAUCCUUUACCAUUGACAAAGUUUCCUGCUUCUAUAUUUCGAUUAUUUAUUUAUUGCAUAACAUAGUUUAAUGCACUCCUAUAAAGUUUAUUAAUGUU